UUGUCCUUUCUCAUCAACCACUAUUUCAGCCUCAAUGCCCUUUGGCCCUGCACAUUUCAUGCCUCAAUUGGGUCACUUUGCUUUCCGUUUUCUCACUGCGUUCCUGACGUUACACGAAUGUCAUUCUUCUGCCUAAAAACAUUGAUCUUGAUAAAGUUCUGUUUCCCAUGUGGGUUUCUUGUAUAGUGUGAAUGUGCCUCAUUAUUUAUCUAUUUUUAUCUCUUUCUGGUGCUGGAGUAAAGUAGUGAUAUGGGUUGGUGUUCUUGGGUGUCUCUUUCCUCUUCAAUAUAUUCUUCAUUUUCUGUUUGAAAUUUCUCUUUUCUGGGUAUAUACCAUCUACAUUUUCACUGCUUCAGUGAGGAUCUGCACCUAAUUUUAGCUGUCUCUGACAAAAAAGGUUCAGAGCGAAGCUUGAAGCCUGCAAAACAUGGAUCUUGACUAUGGCAAGUGUUGGAGAAGUUCAAAGAAGGAUUCUUGGAAGACAACACUGCUCUUAGCAUAUCAGAGUCUUGGUGUAGUCUAUGGGGACUUGAGCAUUUCACCUCUCUAUGUCUACAAGAGUACAUUUGCAGAAGACAUUCAUCACUCGGAGACAAACGAAGAGAUUUUUGGUGUUCUUUCGUUUGUUUUCUGGACUCUAACCCUAGUUACUUUAUUCAAAUACGUUUUCGUAGUCCUUAGAGCUGAUGACAAUGGGGAGGGUGGUACUUUUGCCCUCUAUUCCUUGAUAUGCAGGCAUGCUAAAGUGAGCCUUUUACCCAAUCGGCAAGUCGCGGACGAAGAACUCUCGACGUAUAAAUUGGAGCACCCUCCGGAGAAGGGGAACAACUCAAGGUUAAAGUUGUUGCUUGAGAAGCACAAAUUUUUACACACUGCUUUGCUAAUUUUGGUUCUUCUUGGCACUUGUAUGGUAAUUGGAGAUGGACUGCUUACUCCAGCAAUUUCUGUUUUUUCGGCCGUGUCUGGUCUCGAAUUUUCCAUGUCUAAAGAACACCACCAUUAUGCGGUGACUCCAAUUACUUGUUUCAUAUUGGUGUGUCUAUUUGCACUACAACAUUAUGGCACACAUCGGCUUGGUAUCUUCUUUGCACCGGUUAUCUUAAUUUGGUUGCUAUGCAUAAGUGCCCUUGGCUUGUACAAUAUAUUCCACUGGAACCCACUUGUCUAUGAAGCUCUUUCCCCGUAUUACAUGUUCAAGUUCUUGAAGAAGACAAGAAAGGGAGGAUGGAUGUCUUUGGGUGGAAUUUUGUUGUGCAUAACAGGCUCGGAGGCAAUGUUUGCUGAUCUUGGCCACUUCUCAUACGCUGCAAUUCAGAUUGCUUUCAGCUUUCUGGUUUAUCCAGCACUUAUUUUGGCAUAUAUGGGUCAAGCUGCUUACUUAUCAAAGAAUCAUCCCACCAAAUACCAUAUAGGUUUUUAUGUCUCCGUUCCAGAUACUGUGAGGUGGCCAGUGCUUAUAAUAGCAAUCCUUGCUUCUGUUGUUGGAAGCCAAGCGAUCAUUAGUGGAACGUUCUCCAUCAUCAACCAGAGUCAAUCACUCGGUUGUUUUCCAAGAGUCAAGGUUGUUCACACUUCUGAUAAGAUACAUGGUCAGAUUUACAUUCCUGAGAUCAACUGGAUACUUAUGAUUCUCUGUGUUGCUGUGACCAUCGGAUUCAGAGACACAAAACACAUGGGGAAUGCAUCAGGGUUAGCAGUGAUGGCGGUAAUGCUAGUGACCACAUGCCUAACUUCCUUAGUGAUCAUCCUUUGUUGGCACAAACCCCCUAUUGUAGCUCUUUGCUUCCUACUCUUCUUUGGCUCUAUUGAAUUACUAUACUUCUCAGCUUCCCUAGUCAAGUUUCGUGAAGGUGCCUGGCUGCCCAUCCUCCUAGCCCUCUUUCUUGUGACAAUCAUGUUUGUUUGGCACUACGCCACCAUAAAGAAAUAUGAAUAUGACCUCCACAACAAGGUUUCAUUGGAAUGGCUGUUAGCCUUGGGCCCGAGCUUGGGCAUAGCUCGAGUCCCUGGCAUUGGCCUAGUGUUCACCAAUCUCACCUCUGGCAUCCCUGCAAACUUCUCUCGCUUUGUCACCAACCUCCCUGCCUUCCAUCAUGUCCUCGUCUUUGUGUGUGUAAAAUCAGUACCCGUCCCUUUUGUGCCUCCAGCUGAACGGUAUCUUGUGGGCAGGGUGGGUCCUGCAGCUCAUCGGUCCUACAGGUGUAUUGUCCGUUAUGGAUACCGUGACGUUCAUCAAGAUAUCGAUUCUUUUGAAUCUGAACUUGUUGACAAGCUGGCUGAUUUUAUCCGCUAUGACUGGAGUCAUACACAAGGGAUCAAUAAUUCUUAUAAUGAGGAUGAUGAACUUCAGUAUGUUGAAUCAUCCAGUGAUGCUAGAUUGGCGGUGAUAGGAACAGUGGCGCACUUUGAGAUUGAUGAAAAUGUGCAGCCAGCAAGUGUCUCUGUUGAGUUCUCAACAGUGGAGAGUAUAACAGAUGUCAUUGAGAUGGAACCGGUUGGUGUAGUGGAAAGGCGAGUGAGGUUUGCAAUUGACGAGUCUGAACCCGAUGCAGAGCCUGAAAUAGAUGUGCAAAUGCGCGAAGAGCUACAGGAGCUGAAUGCGGCUCAACAAGCUGGGACUGCAUUCAUUAUUGGGCAUUCACAUGUGAGAGCAAAGCAAGGAUCUUCCCUUUUCAAGAGGCUGGCAGUCAAUUUUGGGUAUAAUUUCCUGAGCAGGAAUUGCCGGGGGCCAGAUGUAUCGCUCAAGGUGCCUCCAGCGUCUCUCCUUGAGGUUGGCAUGGUUUAUGUUGUGUAAACUACAAAUGUAAGUUGUGUUUUGUUAGAUCACAUCAUUAUAUAAUGCAUAAUGAAAGAGAUGUGCUAGGAAGGUUUUUUGUGCAGAUAAACAAGGACCAGUGUCAUGGAUUAGAGAAAGUACACUCUUUCCAAUGUUGAUGUACUUGGCAUCAUAAGAAUGAAAAAGUGAAUAGCAAAUCUCUUUGUUACUGA